CUUUACUUUUCUUCUUUUUUUUUUACAUUUUUUGCGUUGAUGGGGGAAAUAUUACAGGUGGCACCGGUGACCCUUACGAAUGGUCAUCGUCAACUCAUCCAGCCGGCGCUAACGCCUUGCAAAACCUUGGAAAAUCAAAACACAACAUAAGUUUUCAAAGAAACGCGGUUUGUUUUUUUAUUAAGCAAUGCUUUAUCGAUGGGGAUUUACAGAUCUCUGCAAAUCCUAAUCACGAAAAACCCUAAGAAAGUCCGAACUUUUUUGACCGCAUCAUCAACACAUUCAAAUUCAACAGCUUAUGUGGUUCCACCCUUAUUCUCUCCUCUCUCACAGUCGAGUCUCACUUUUUCUCCAUCUCUGUCUAAAUGGAUCGCUCCUUUCAAUGGCCCUCUCUUCCUCUCUUCUCCUCCUUGGAAACUCUCUCAAUCCGCCACUCCGCUUUGGGGAAACGUCGGGGUUCUGCGAAAAGUCCAAGCUUUAAAUCUUAACUUGGUUAGAGGCGGCGGAGCUAAGUUUCCAGUCAAGUUACAAUUCAGCUCGGUCCUAUCAGACCCGAGAGUCUUGGAUCGGGUGGAAACCAAGAAGGAAUGGAAUAAGGAGAGGGAAGCUGUGUUGGAGAGUUUUGUGAAUUUGCCGAAUUUAAUUUCAAUGAGCCGAUUGGUUUCUGGUCCUUUUCUUGGAUGGAUGAUUGUAAAUGAAAUGUAUGGCUUUGCGUUUGUGGGCUUGGCUAUCUCUGGUGCAAGUGAUUGGUUGGAUGGAUAUAUAGCUAGAAAGAUGAGGAUUAAUUCGGUCGUGGGUUCUUAUCUUGAUCCUCUAGCUGACAAGGUUCUUAUUGGAUGUGUUGCUUUGUCAAUGGUACAUAACCAUCUUUUGCACCCUGGACUUGUGGGGCUUGUUGUCUUGCGAGAUGUUGCCCUUAUUGGUGGUGCAGUGUACCACAGAGCAAGUAGCUUGGGUUGGCAGUGGAAAAGUUGGCUAGAUUUCUUCAAUCUUGAUGGGACUAGUCCGCAGAAGGUUGAGCCUCUCUUUAUAAGCAAAGUUAACACAGUUUUCCAGCUGAUUUUGGUUGCCUCAGCUCUCCUCCAACCGGAGUUUGGAACGUCAGAAACUCAAUCAUGCAUCACAUACUUAAGUUGGCUAGUUGCUGCAACAACAGUGGGUUCUACCAUCGCAUAUGGAGCACAACACAUGGGAAAGAGACCGGGGUUGAUCACAAGAAAGUCUUAGUUUGAAUUCUUAGUGCAACUCAUAGACAAUUGAUAAGUUCCUUUGGUCCUGGCAGCCCAUGUAUGAGCAUAUAGUGUCGUAGGUGGGAAGAACGGGGUUCAUAGAGUACAAACUGGAUGUACAGGCAAAGGAGCUUAUUGAUUUCUGGGAAAUAGCCUGCACCAUCUUGUAAUGAAAGCGACAGAAACAAUUUAACUUUCAAUAAAUACUGCAUUGGCAAGGCAUGCCAUUUAGCGUAGAGUAGCUUGAAACUAUAACUUACAAAAUUUUGUUAUUGAUGCUAAAUUCUGUUUUAAGAAAUUAUAUUGAUUUCUUCCAUGUUUCAUUCUCGCAGUCUAUUUUCUCUUCUCUUGAGCAACAUUUUAUUGAUAGGAAUGAUUUAAACCGUGUCCAAUUUUGGUUUGAUGAAGAAAAAACUUUCAUUUAAACAGGACAUUUCAAAAGUCAAAUCUUGUCCAAAGGUUAAUAUCAGUAGAUAUGGAUUUUAUAAUGUCACCAUGGGUCAAACAUGAUUCACAUUAGAGGAUAUGAGAUUUUUCAUCUCAUUGCCUAGUGGUUAAAUGUGCUGGAACCAAAGCACAACCUCCACACGGAAAUAUUUCAUUUAGGACCACUGUAGACAAAAGUAUGCUCCAUCCUAAUCAUUUACCAACCUUCGAGUUUCAGGCAACAAAGUAACAAACCAAUGUGUUAAAUCGAAAUAUAUAUGCUCAAAAGGGGUAGGAAUUAGGAAUUCAUCUGAUAACUUUGAGGUGAAACAGAUGAGAACAAUAAACCAUCUUCCUAAUAGAAAAUCUCAAUCAGGGGAAACUUCUUUAAGUUUUGAAGAGAAAAUCAUGAAGCUGGUCCAAGAUAAGUGUCAACAUGCACCACAAUUUCACUUUACAGCAAGGGAAUGUGAGAUUACUACUUCACUUUUGGAACGUGUUAGUGUACUAAUUCCACUGAUUCACACACUUACAUACAGUAAACUAAUGAGUUGUGAUGCAAGAAGUCUCAAUCACACACUUAAAAUCAAUCAAUAUUUUGUCUCAAUCAACCAUACUUCCCAUGAUGCAAGAAGUUAUUAUAGCUUAUCCAAUAUACUAAACAUGCUGCCUCCCCCUCCCCCAAAGAAAGAGAAAAACUUUCCUUCACUUUUAAGUUUUAUCAAUUAAUCCAGCACUAUAGCGAAACCAGCUUCAAUACAACAUCAACUGGAUAACAGGAUUUCAUUCAAAAUGGGCAUAGAUGUUUAAAGUGAUAAUUCCAGGGCAUUUGAUAACUCAUUAAACAAGUCUUGGUAAAAGAAUCAUGGAAGGAAAAAA